CAAGGACCUCGUUGCGAGGGUCUGGAUCACGCAUCCACGAGAUUCGACCCCCACCGGCUAUUCACGCGGUGUACACUCCGGUUCCAGAAAAACGCUGGGAUGUGAGUUUUUUAGUGCUCAUUGGUAUUUUGGUGAAAGGAAUAUUUGCAGGAGCAGAAGGGGCUCUGUGACAACCAGACAAAGCCCGAACAUUUUAUUCACUCUUUUUCUUAUACUACCAGCUCCACUUCAGGAGGGGUUAUUAUAGCAUAAAAAUGGAUGGUGUCAUUGUCAGAAGGGUUAUCCCCUCAGACAACAGUUGUCUAUUUAAUGCUGUUGGAUAUGUCAUGGAUCAUGAUAAGCACAAGGCUUCAGAAUUGAGACAGGUUAUAGCGGCAACAGUAGCAAGUGAUCCUACAAGAUAUACUGGGGCAUUUCUUGGAAAACCUAAUGAAGAGUAUUGUGCAUGGAUCCUUGAUCCUGAAAAGUGGGGAGGAGCCAUUGAGCUUUCAAUACUAGCAGAUUAUUAUGGACGUGAAAUUGCAGCGUAUGACAUUCAAACAGCUCGUUGUGAUCUAUAUGGUCAGGGAAAGAACUAUAUGGAAAGGGUUAUGCUAAUUUACGAUGGCUUGCACUACGAUGCCUUAGUUAUGUCUCCCUCUAAUGAUGCUCCAGAAGACUUUGAUCAAACUAUUUUCCUUACACAAAAUGGGACCAUUGCUGCUGUUGAAUCACAGGUUCUGAAUCUUGUCAGGGAUGCACAGCGGAAGCGGAGUUACACCGACACGGCAAAUUUCACCCUGCGUUGUGGAGUUUGUCAGAUGGGUCUUAUUGGUCAGAAGGAGGCUGUGGAGCAUGCAAAAGCAACAGGCCAUAUUAAUUUUCAGGAGUACCGCUAGGAUGGUUAUCCCCUGAAUGAAUGGUAUUUUGGUCUGUUUGGGAGAAAAAGAAUGCUGUAUUAACUGAUUCAUUUGUAUAAUAUGUGAUCACUUUUUUUACCAUAUUCCUAGAGCUCUUUCAUAAUGGGUAUAGGUUUAUCUGAAAUUUAUACCGCCUGUGUUGUUGUAUCCAUAAUUCCCAUAUAAGUAAUGGGGCAUUAAUUGUGAAUUUCGGGAAAAUUGUAACAUGGUGAAGCAUAUUGUGUGUAUAAAGGUACGUAAUAGUGCUCAACAGUUUCUGUGUGUACAUGGCAGGCCCCAUUUAUUUGGCAGUUGCAAUUGCUAAUGUUUGAAAGAGUUCUUGUUAA